AUGUCAGUCACAACAAACACCUCUGCUUCCCAGAUCCUGAAGAUUGGGCCGCCAGGCAGUGUGCAUGGAAGCGGCGCCUCACAAGAUACUGGGGCAGAACAACUGGAUGCCCCAGCUGUCGAGGAGCUGUGCAAGCUGCUGGCCAGUCACAAGUCGCUGCAGCUUGUGGUGGUGUGGGAAGCGGAACGCGAGUUGGAAAGCAGGAUCAUGGAGGCAGCGCUACAGGCUGGCCUGCAGAGGGACGAGAGUGAGACUGGAUGCCUUCGACUGAAACAGAUGGAUUUCCCAGAGGCAGACGAGCACUUUAGGGAGUUUGAUUCAACUGUUCUCCGCCCAGUCAUGAAUGCCCAGGUGGAUACUGUCGAGGAGCCUGAACAGAGACCAGAGGACUCCCCACUGGAUCUGUGUGAGGAUGCUGGGAGGCCGGUGGUGCAGCUUGAUCAGCCGAGAGGCCCUGCCGGAAAUUUCUACAAUGGAUCUGGUCCCCAGCCGGUCGGCCGCAUCCGAGAGCGCCGCGCGAACACAGCCUCGGGCCGCAGCGGCAGGCGCCGCAGGGGUCCCAGCAACCGACCUGCUGUGGCCGGGCAGGCUGAGGGCGUGCCCAGGAAGCGGCGCAGGCAUCAACUCACCACGGAGCAAGCUGCAGGCUACAGCCGGCAGGCACCGCUGCCCAACAGCAUGGCUGCCACAGCGCGCAUGGCACCGUUCCCAAGCGAGCCGCGCUCUUUAGCCAGCGACUCUUUUGGGGAGGACUUGUACAGCAGCAACAGCAGCGAGUACUCGGCCGACAGCGCAGAUUACUCACCCAGGGCUCACCAGGAGCUGCUCCACACCCGGCUUGAGGUCAGGGAGAUCAGCGGAGCCUCCCCUGAGUCGCAGCGUGAGGAUGCCCUGCUGGCUUCCCCUGCAGCCGCAGCUUUGCCCCUGGAUCGGCCGCCCUCAGGGCGCCAGGGACGAGUUCCCACUGCUGCUAGGCAGCAUGGUGCGGUGAGGGACAAAUCUCCGUGGCAUGCGCCGCCUCGCAAGAGCCGGGAGCCGCCUUCCACGCCCGGACCUCCAAUCCCGGAGGGCCUGGAGCCGUUUGGCUGGGAGUCGCGAGAGUCGGCAGAGAAGCAUCCGCCCCGAGGGCAGUUUGCUAAGCCGGACGGGCCAAGGAGGGCAAAGAAGAGGCCUGCACAGGCAGAGGAAGCUUUGAGACGCCUUCGCGAGCAGCGAAGUGCGCGGCGCCGCUCAUCGGAUGAUGCCAGUGACAGCCAGUCUUCCCAAGCGGAUGUGGAUCAGACGGAUGGUGCUGAGAGCAGCGACUCCGAGACGGAUGUGGAUGCCUGGCCAGUCAGGCCCCAGCGACUGUUGCAGAUCCCUGACUCUGAGGACCAGGAGCAGGCGCAGGUUCCGCUGCUGGGUGCAGGCGAGCUGGCAGGGCUUGACAGGGUGGAUGAGCACCCAGAGCAGUCGCAUGGCCACGAUGCAGGCAACCCCUCAGAGGCCUCCCCUGCACAUAACACCCCAGGAGCAGGGCGACAACACGGCCACCAAGGCAGCACAGGAGCACAAGAGCGCCGCUCAUCAGCUCCUGCCACUAACAGCAAGCAGUCCAAGUCAGUGAUAGACCUGCGAGAUGAGGCAGGCGAUGCGCUGACCAGCAGUCCUGAAGCACCCUCAGACAACCCAGCCCUUGCGAGCGAGGCCUGCCAGCAGAGCCAGCCUUUCAUCGUGCGGCUGCACUCGCUGGUGCCUGGCUCGGGCAGUGUAGCAGCCGAUGGCAGGGUGGAGGCAAUGCAGGCGUCCCCUCCCAAGCAGCAAGGCACUGUCCCUCGGCAGGACAGGGUGAAAGAGACGGGCAGCGCAGAGGGCCCAUCCCCCAGUGCAGUCCAGGAAGGACCCCCACAGUCGGCCCAGAUGAAUGCGCGCACCCGCAGAGAGCUGCACUUGCUGAGACCCUUCGGCUGGGACAAGAAAGCAGACAAGCACCCUGCAAACACAGAGAGGAUGGGUGUGUCUCUGGUGGAAAACAUGGGCUGCAGGCGACGCGCUAGAGCAUGUGCUGAAACAGAGAGGGACCCAGGCAAUGAAGAUGAGGACGACUCCGAAGACGAUGUCCCUCUGGCAAGGCUGCUCACUGCACCGGCUGCCAGGCAUGCCGCACCAGUCACAGGUGCGGCAGCACAGGAGACAGAAUCAAGCGUCGCACCAGCAAACAAGCAGCCGCCAGCAAACGAGGCCGCCCCGCAGCCCAGCGUUCUCCUGUCUACAUCUGGCGUAGCACCCAUUGAUGGCGGUCUGGGGUACAAGGAUGCAGUGAUGUCUCUGGGCACUGCUCCAAUCAGUCAGGGGUCAGCAGGUGCAGCCUUCGACCACGCUCAAAUACAUGGGCCGACAGAGUCGGGGGAAGCAGAGCAGUCUACUCCCAGCACUGCUGCUGCAGCUCUGGAUGAUGAAGCUCCAACGCCUGGUGGCGAGGAGCAAAUGUUCGAUGACAGCAUGUAUGAUCUCGUACCAGACAGCGAGGAUGAGCAGGGAUGA